AUGCCCUCUGCAAUAAAAAUGAUCCACAUUAUUCUCCGAACUUUACAGUUCAUAUUCACGGUCCUGGUGCUCGCGCUUUCAGGUGCCUUGAUACAGCAGCAAAUGCGUGGCGGCACUCCAACUCGUGUGAACUACUCAAUCUUUGUCGCCGCCUUUGCAGCAGUGACGCAUUUAUACCUCUUCCCGGCUACUGUAGUAGACCGUAUCGCGAGUCCUCUCUUCAUGACAAUCCUCGAUGCCCUCAACACCAUUUUCUAUCUGUGCGCCGGUAUUGCCAUGGCCGCACAACUCAAUGGAAAUUCCUGCAGCAGCUUCCACUUUAUCCAUAAUAAUGGCAUCACCAACGGUGGCGGAUACGUUUCGCAGAGCCGGCGUUGCCGCGAGGCGAACGCCAUGACGGCUUUCGAGUGGUUCGCCUUUGCGGCAUUCUUGGGCAGUCUGUUGAUUAAUCUAUGGAACCUGAAGAACCAGAACCACAUCAGCCGCGGCAGGGUCAACAUGAAGGGUGUCAGGCCCAUGAGCCAGACUAGCCAGCCGGUGUGA